AUGUGCAGAGAACUAAAAGGUUCUAGAAGUUCAAAAAAGGAACCACCUAAAGCAGCUAACGAAACAAGUGAGACUUUAUUGUCUAACCAAAAACUGCAAACAACUCUUCUCCAAACUAUUAUGGUGAAGAUUGUCCAUAAUGGAAAAAAGGAGCUUGUGAGAACUCUUUUUGACAGUGGGUCACAAAGAUCUUACUUACGGAAAGACAUAAUAAAGAGACUAGAUUUAGUCCCAUUAGAUCAAGAGACUUUGAGCCACAAUUUGUUUGGUGGAGUUGAAACUGAAUCUCAGAUCCAUGGUAUUUUUGAUAUCGAAAUACAAGGAACGGAAAAUAAAUUCAAAUACAAAUUGUCGGUUUUAGAUAAAGACAAAAUUUGUGGAUACAUUCCUAGAGUGAAACUCAAACACAUAUGCUCCUCACUUCGAGAACAUAAAAUCAAAAUCAGUGAUUCUGGAAGAGAUAUACCAGAUAUCGGAUUGUUAAUAGGAGCCGACUAUUCCGGACAGUUGAUGACGAAUAAUAUCAUUCCAAUUGACAAAAACCUUAUUGCCAUUGAAACAAAAUUGGGUUGGACCCUACAAGGCCCAGUGCAAAGUCAUAAUACCUUGCUUGGUACCGUCGGACUUUGUUAUUUGGAUCUCACAGAAAUAUGUAAUUUAGAGACAAUUGGCAUAAAAGAUCCGGCGGAAGUGAAGACUAAGGAGAAUUUAGACAAUGAAACGAUCAAAUUUUUCCUAGAGAACAUAAAAGUAAUCGAGGGCAAUAGGUAUGAAGUCUGUUUGCCUUGGAAGGAUAGUCAUCGGAUUCUUGAAGAUAAUAAAGAUAAAGCGGAAAAAAGACUUUUCGCCAAUACACGAAGACUGCAGAAGAUGGGAUUUUUCGAAGAAUAUGAUGGUAUUAUUAAAGGCUGGCACGAGGAAGGUAUAAUUGAAAUAGCUCCGAAUAAUAGUGAUACUGGUCACUAUUUAUCUCAUCAAGCAGUAAUCAAGGAUUCCAGUCUGACUACGAAAGUGCGACCUGUAUUUGGUUGCAUCAUUGAAGGAUGA